AUGUCAUCCCCCCGUGAUGCAGAGGUGGCCAGGCCCGGACGGAAGCAAAGCUCUCAGAAAAGAGUUUCUAUUCUUACAUCCUUGGAUGACACUGUUGGAAACAUGACACCCAGAGGACAGUUGAUUUCCCGAACUCCUAGUUCAUUGCUUCGCCAUCCAGCUACUGCACUAAAUCGAAGCUCCAUGAAGCCUUCAGAUAUGUCUGCCAUCCUGGGAACAGGAGGAAAAUCUCCGAUUCUACCAACUCCUGGACUUUUUGGCUGUCUGUCAAUGUUGGAUGAAAGUAGCUGGACAAUGGCGCUCUCACCUCAGCAGACAGGAAUGUUUGUAAAUCUAGACAUAUCCAAUAUGACAGAAGAUGUCACUAUGAGCGCUGUACUGUUGCGUGAGGAUGAUCCUGGUGAAGCUGCUACGAUGAGCAUGUACUCAGAUUUUCUGCAUUCCUUCCUGAAGCAUACAUCAACUACCAUUUUCGAUCUUGUGGAUGAGUAUGAAAGUAUUUGUAACAGUCAGGUGAAUAUACUAGGGAAAAUAGUUUAUCGGGCAACUCCUGGACAGCAAAAGUUUUCGAAAACUGCUAGUGUCUUGUGGCUUCUCAAGCAGGAGAUGGUAACUUGGAGACUGUUGUCCUCGCUUUAUAGAGACAGAAUACAGUCUGCACUGGAAGAUGAAACUGCAUUUGAUAUCGCAGUUUUAAAUGCUAGCGAAAAGACAAAUGUAGACAGCUUGUUUCAGAAAGAUUCACUUGUUCGACAAAGCCAGCUGGUGGUAGAUUGGCUAGAGAGCAUUGCCAAGGAUGAAAUUGGGGACUUCUCUGAUAAUAUUGAGUUUUAUGCAAAAUCUGUAUAUUGGGAGAAUACACUACAUAUCUUGAAGCAGCGACAGCUAAGUACCUACAUUGGAAGUUCUCGAGCUCUGGUAACAGAGUUGGAUCCAGAUGCUCCUAUAAGACAGAAACUGCCACUUGACGAUUUGGAUCGAGAAGAUGAUGCAAGAUUAUUGAAGUAUCUCUUCACUCUCAUCAGAGCAGGAGUGACAGAUGAGGCACAGCGCUUAUGCAAACGAUGUGGUCAGGCUUGGAGAGCUGCAACUUUGGAAGGAUGGAAAUUGUAUCAUGAUCCUAACAUAAAUGGAGGAAAAGACCUGGAGCCUGUUCAAGGGAAUCCAUACAGGUGCAUUUGGAAAAUAAGUUGUUGGCGUAUGGCUGAAGAGGAGCAGUUUAAUAGAUAUGAGAGAGCAAUCUACGCAGCACUGAGUGGAAACCUCAAACAG